AUGAUAGCUUAAAAUCUAGGUAUGCUCUUUAGUUAAAUUGAAUUAUUUUACUUUUAAAAAGUAGAAGCCCCAAUGGAUUUGGAUUAAACUCUUGAUUUAAUGGAAGUUGGUAGGAAGAAAGAUUUAAAUUAAUUGUCAAAAAUAUAUUUAUCAUUUAUGAAAUCAUAUUUAGCAAUAAAUGAUAAGAUGUUGAUUGCUAUAAAUCAUAAAGCGAUUAUCCAAAGUGAAAUUUAUAUUCCAAAAAUAAUAGAAGAUUUGAAAUUAAUAAUGGAAAUUAUUCAAAAUUAUGAAGAUAGAUAAGAUCAAUACCCUUCAUAAUUAGCAUUAGUAUUGAACUGGAUUUUAGCUACUUUAACAUUGAUAAUUAUUUAAUCGAAAAAUAAUUGUUACAGAGUGAUUGAGAACCUUUUACUUAAACUAAUCAAAUUUUCACUCAAAAUUAUUUAUAUUCCUCUAAAGAAAGUAAUGAUAAUAUUUUUGGUCCUAUUAUAAAUUGAAUUAAAUGAAGAAUAGCCUUCUGAUGGGUAAUAUUGGUUAAAGAUGUCAGAAUAUUAAAAAGCAAUAAAAUAACCUUCUAAAUUCUUUAUGAAAAAUGCAUCGAGUACAGAAUAAUUCUAUAGAAGAUUAAUUUUAAGUUAAGAUGAAAAUUAAAUGGGAUAGAUAAUUGUUGUUGGGUUACUUAGAGGUUUAGUCAAAACAGCAGGAUCUGUAUCUAACAAUUAACAAGGAGUUGAUAUUCAUCGAGAAUGGGAAGAAUAUUAUUUAAAUGAUAGUAAAUUAGCUAGUGCUGAUUAUUCUAAAUAUAAAGAAUAAUCCAAUUAAUAAUAAGAUUUAAGAACUUAAAAAAACGAGGUGAUUGAUGAAUUUGAUAGACAUAGAAUUGUGUUGAAUUAUGCAAUAACUGAAUUCUUAUUGCUAUUUUUGAAACAAUUGAGAAAUAAUUGUAAAGUACAAUGCUCAUACUUAAUUUAAUUAAUAACAGAUGCAAAUGGAGUGUUAGUAUUCUUAAAGUUUUUUGAAAAAUUUAAUCCUUAAUCAAUUUCAUCUACAAAAAUUGAUUAUGAUCAAAUAAUGUGUAAGUAAUUUGGUGAAGCUAAUUUAUAUUACUUGUAAUAAUUUUUCAGAUAAAAUCAACAAUUACCUUAUCGAUUAUAAAGAAUAUGUAAUGGAAUUGUUAAAUUUUAGUUAGCUAUAAAAAAAUUUCCAGGAAUGUUUCCAGAAAAUAAGAAAAUAAAAAAAUAUAGUCAUUUAUUAUUAAAGAUUUAAAUUCUUAACUUUAAUAAGAAAAACUUGAAACUUGGAAACACAAUGAAAUUAAUAUCAGAAGUCUAUUGUAAAUACAAAUAGAACACUAAGAAUGAAAAUAAAAAUAUAUCAAAGCAAGAUUAACUACUAGAUUCUCUCUAUAAAUUUGAAAAAUGCUAAGAUAAAAUAUACAAUUGUGAUAUAACUUAAUCUUAAGAAGAGCUUAGAAAGUUGCAUCUCGAUCAUAAUAAUUACCAUUAUAACAAUACAAUUGAUUCAAUUCCCGUUUAUAACGAUGCUGAGCCUAACUAUAAAUAGAAUGAUUAUCUUGAGAAGUUAUAAAAUCAACCUAUAGAUCAUGAUUUUAUUUCAAAGUAUGAGGAAUGGCUGGAAGAGAACGUAUGGGAUUAUUAUGAUUGA